CUACCUUGGCACUCAGACGCACACUAUAUACAUCGUAAAUAUACUUUAAAAAGCCUGUAUUAAUGCUUGGCAAUAUUUAACAAACGGAAAAUUGUCCUGGCAUCUAUCAGUAAUGAUCAAAGCGAACUUAAAUAUCCGACAUAUUUACUUUUUCGAAAUAUAAUCGUUGUUUUUACAGGUUAGGUUAGGAUGUUGCUCGAGUUGUCGGCAUGUGUGGCGGUUGAUAUGUGUGAAAGUGUACUAACAGAUUUCUCUCACUUGCAGUUCCUCCGGAAUAUUAUAAGAUUCGAAGCGUACAAAGAAGAAGAAAAGGAAAAGAAGAAAGAGAAGAAAAAGAAGAAGAGCAAGUAAAAUUAAAAGUUAAAGGAUAAGAAGAAACAACCAAGAAGAGGAACAACAACAAGAGGAGUAAACUUAGAUAUUGGAAGGUGAGAGAGAAAAACAAACGAAAUUAGGCGAGAAAGGCGAGAAGAGAAGAACAAGCUUGGAUAUUAAAAGGUAAGAAAGAAGAACAAACGAAAUUAAAGGACAAGAAAAGCGAGAAGAGAAGAGAAGAAGGGAAGAAUGUCGAGCGUGAUCGUGUUGAGUGAUUCGGACGAGCCAGCGUCUCCUGUUGCCGACGUGCACGAUAGAAUCGAGUGGGAGAUCGACGGCAAGUAUCAUUCGGACGCUACGAGUGACCUGGAUCUCCCGGAGGUGCCGUUUUGCCGCGACAUCGCGAGGAACUUGACGUUGCAAAGCCAGAGUCUUCCCGAUUCGAACGCCGACGAUGGCUGUGAACACGCUGAGGGAUCGCCGUUCGAUUCGGAGGACAAUCGGGUCGAAGGAACCUCGCAGAAGGCGACAGUUUCCAAGAGGGUCUCCAAGAAGGACAAGGAAACGGUGAGGGAGGAACGAGCGAGACGUCGGGAGGCUCUGGCGAGGGAGAAGGCGUUGAAGGCGAUCGAGAAGAAGACGUCGAGGGACAUCAAGCCCGGCGAGUGCAUGAAGUUCAUGGAAGUUAAUCUCGAUCAGGGUAUCGACGCGGUCGCUUCGCGAGGGGAGAUUGAGAGCGCGUUGCAGAAUGCCGGUAUUAAGUUCAAUGUAACCACCGAGUUGAUUCCCAACAGUAUUACGUGGCGGAGAAACGUCGAGGAGGACUACGUCGACGAGGACAAUGAGAUACGCACAAAGAGAAGUGUACGGACGGAGGAGUACGCUAUUGUGAUUUGGAGCAGCUACGAGGCGGUGAGACACGUGGCGGAAGGCACUUUCUGCACGUCUGUUUCGAACAGUAAGGACCUAAUGCCGAACUAUAAUGUGACUCUGGUCAUCUGCGGGAUGGAGGACUAUUUCGCGUAUCGGAAGAAACAGAAGUCGGAUCGGAAUCCUGGAGGCAAAGGGUCCGGGCACAACGGCAAAGGUAAUCAGCGGUUUGACACGCUACCGAUUAUAUCGAGGCAGCAAUUGGAGAUGUGCCUGACCGAAAUUCAGAUAGUGGAUAGCUGUAGCAGCAGAUUAAUCGAGAGCGCGCAGGAUUUAGCAUUGAUGGUGUGUCAGUAUACAAAAUCCAUUUCGGAAAUACCGUACAAAUUGCAGAAGGAAAAAAAUGAGGAAGGCAAAUUCGACUGGUACGUUGCGGGGGAUAAUAAGAACACCGUGCGCGUGGACAAAGAUGGUAACGGGUUGAAGAGACUGUGGCAGCAGCAACUGUGCCAAUUUAACUUGAGUAGCUUGGAAACGUCGGAGGCAAUAUGUACGGUCUAUCCUAGCCCGAUGCAACUUAUCAAGGCUUAUAGAAAUUGCACACCUGACGAAGGCAUGAAUUUAUUAAAAGAUAUAUCAAUAAGGAGAGCGGCAGGACCUCUCACAACUUCACGUAAAAUUGGUCCCGAAUUAAGUAAAAAGGUGUACAUAAUGUUCACAUCGCAAAACGGGGACGCUUUAUUGGGAACUGAGGUAUAAAUAAGCUGUAAGCUUUUGUAGGAAC